AAUACUGAUUGUAGAAUGGGCUACAGAUGUAGCCCAAAAGACUAUUUUGUGUCAAAACAUCAGAGUUAUACUUUAAUAGUUUAUAUUUUUGUUAAUUCAAAAUAUAUUUUACCUUUUUCUUUAAUAGCACCUGCUAUUUCUGAAGAUGAAUCUCUAACCAGCUCUUCCAGCAAACACAGUCUUGUUAAUUUCUGGCCUAAAUCAGAUGACACUGACUUUCUUCUGGAUAACAAGAAAGAAGCAGAAAGGCCAAAAAUUAUAUGGCUGGAAAACGGUAAGUUUGUUCUUGUAAAAACACAAGAAGAGCAAACAGCCAAAAAUGUGACUAAUGUGGAUGAAGAGAAGAAAACUCCUCAAACUGAUACUGUGUUGCCACUGGAAGCACAGACAGAUGAUGAAUCUCCUUGGGAUUCUGAGAGUAUCUCUGAGAAUCUUCCACAGCAGCCUGUCGAUCCUUUUCCUGGGGAUGCAGAUGAUGGAGGAAAACAUGCAGGAAAUACACAAACAAAAGAUUUACCUGACACACAUCUUCACUUGAAGCCUGCCAUGGAAGCAAAAGAUUGUGUUGCGAAGAAAGCAGUAGGAAUAAAGGAUGUAAAGACAUUUCAACCAGAUUGGAGUUUCACCGAGUCUAAUGAGACUCUGAAGAGAUCUGAGAAAUUGAUGCUUGGCCAUCAACAUCCACUUCUGGCAGAAUCCGUGAUGAAGAGUCCAUCAGCAUUCCCAGAAUCUGAAUCAGGUGACACACAUCUUCACGGGAAGGCUGCCAUGGAAGAAAAAGAUUCUGUUGUGAAGAAAGCAGUAAGAAUGAAAGUUAUACCGACAUUCCAACUAGAAGAACUGAACAUAGAACUGACAUUAAAGGAAGAUUUGAGAAGACGUGAUGACAGUGAAAACAGCCAGGACCAGGUUGAAGGAAAAAGAAAGAGUGGAAAAACUGACACCCAGCAGUUGCCUACUGAGAAGAAAGAAGAACAUGAUAGGUUUCACUUCAGACUUGUCUUAAAAGAAGAGGACAAGAGAAAAAGUCUCAAGGAAAAAUGUUCUCAAGAAGUUGAAGCAAAACAACAGCUUGAAAUUUCUUAUGCAACACUUGAAAUGGAAUUCAAAGCUUCAAAAGUGAAUCAGUUGACAGAAGCACAAGACCGAGGUAAAAGCUCUGUGCAACACGACGAAAAAACGGAAGAACCCUUAGACAGGAUUGAAUUGGUGUGUUCACACCUGAAAGAAAAUGUUCAAAGUCUCGAAAUGGAGAUUUUGAGCCAGACAAAGAAAAGGAAGAAAACAGCAGGAAAAGUUGAACAUGCUCAGAAACACUUGUCAAAUGACAGUUUGUUGACAGAAGCACAAGACCGAGAUACAAGCUCUGUGCAACACGACGAAAAAACGGAAGAACCCUUAGACAGGAUUGAAUUGGUGUGUUCACACCUGAAAGAAAAUGUUCAAAGUCUCGAAAUGGAGAUUUUGAGCCAGACAAAGAAAAGGAAGAAAACAGCAGGAAAAGUUGAACAUGCUCAGAAAUACUUGUCAAAUGACAGUUUGUUGACAGAAGCACAAGACCGAGAUACAAGCUCUGUGCAACAUGACGAAAAAACGGAAGAACCCUUAGACAGGAUUGAAUUGGUGUGUUCACACCUGAAAGAAAAUGUUCAAAGUCUCGAAAUGGAGAUUUUGAGCCAGACAAAGAAAAGGAAGAAAACAGCAGGAAAAGUUGAACAUGCUCAGAAACACUUGUCAAAUGACAGUUUGCCUGCCCUGGGACCGCUCCCAGCCAAAGCCUCCUCUGGUCCGCUCCCCGCGGCUCCUUCCGGGCUUCGCUCCAAAGCCUCUACCGGUCCGCUCUCCGCGGCUCCUUCCGGGCUUCGCUCCAAAGCCUCUACCGGUCCGCUCUCCAUGGCUCCUUCCGGGCUUCGCUCCAAAGCCUCUACCGGUCCGCUCUCCGCGGCUCCUUCCGGGCUUCUACUUCCCCCCAGGGGUGGCACCAGUAUAUAUACGGAUACAGUGUCCAAUCAUGUUAAACCUGCCCUGGGACCGCUCCCAGCCGAAGCCUCCUCUGGUCCGCUCCCCGCGGCUUCUUCCGGGCUUCGCUCCAAAGCCUCUACCGGUCCGCUCUCCGCGGCUCCUUCCGGGCUUCGCUCCAAAGCCUCUACCGGUCCGCUCUCCACGGCUCCUUCCGGGCUUCGCUCCAAAGCCUCUACCGGUCCGCUCUCCGUGGCUCCUUCCGGGCUUCUACUUCCCCCCAGGGGUGGCACCAGUAUAUAUACGGAUACAGUGUCCAAUCAUGUUAAAUUGACAGAAGCACAAGACCGAGGUACAAGCUCUGUGCAACACGACAAAAAAACGGAAGAACCCUUAGACAGAUCUGUGCAAACACUCACAUUGGAGAAUUUGCGCCUGAAAAAGGAAAAUCAAAAGCUAAGGGGUAAACUUGAACGAGCUCAGAAACACUUGUUGAGCAAUAGAUUGUCUGAAGAUGAGAAAGAACAGUUCUUCAAAUUCACUGAGCUGUUCAAAAGUGCAAUGUCUGAGGUGGACCAAUUAAAGAAGGAAAAGCACGACCUGGAAUGUGCUUUGGAUGAAAUACAAAAGAAAAAUCGUGAACCUGAAUCAGAACUAGCAGGUUUCAGGAUGGGCCCUACUUAAUUAAAAUGGAAAAGGAUAUCAGAACUUUUUUCUGCUUGAAAAGUCUCUUCUUGGGGAGAAAGAAAUGGUGGAUCACUUGUGGAUCAGAGGUGGGUGCACUGUGCAUCUUGGGUAACUACCUAAUUCUGCCACUAGUCCAAGGACCAGUCUUUGCGUCUUCUCUCUAGGACUGCUUAACACUCACCUUCCCUUAGUUUAAAGGACAUUUUCGCAUGGACCCUGGAGGUUCUUUGCUUGUGGGUGCACACUCGCCUCACUCGCUUCACGCUUGCCUCUCAUUCUUUGGCCCCUUUCCUAACCACAUAGGCACCUAGAGACAAAUUCAAAGAUGAGACUUUUAGUAGAAAGGCUUUCAAGGUAUUUUCUUAGUCUAAAAGUGAUUUUUCUCUACCAGAAAUUACUUAUGGAUGGUCCUAAAACCUCAAUCCUGGGAACCUUAGCAACACAACACCCAUAAUUAGGACAAGUUUCCUCCAUUCAUCUUGUUUAAGGGUGUUGUCACAAGAAAAUGAUACUCGGCAUUCUUAAAGAGAACUGUAAUAACUUGGGGACUUUCUCUGCCAAUGUACCACAGACCACAAAUUACUUCAGUUUCAUGAGCAAUUUGGGUACCUGUCCUUACUUGAACUAAUAUCUGACUGCUGGGUCUCUAACCUCACAUUCAGAAAUGUGGAUUUACCCAAUAGCAUGAACAGAACAGAUGCUACCCUGGUUCACAUCUUCUAACGACAUUUGGAGGACACACACUGUGCUCUGGCUUAGCUCUUAGCAGCAGGAUAAAGCAGAACAAGUCACCUAAACUCUUUGUUUUCUCAGGGGGAAAGAAGAGCUGAAAAUGUUAAUUCAAUUUCCCACAAAGGAUAUAAAUUCAGAUCACUUACAGGAUCCAAGGACUGAGCCUGCGUUAAUCUUCAUUUUGUGCCUUUAUCUUCAAAGAGGGCCAUAGGAGAGGACACCAGGUGGCCAUGUCACAUGGACCCCAAAUGACAGGGUCAUAGUUUAUGUGCUUUUCCCUUAGAGUCAGAGCAUGCAGAAUUAGUAGAAGUGCACAAAGAAAGUGGAGGUUGUAACAACCAGGCAUAAUCCUUACUCAUCGAGUGGCAUGAUGCUUCCGACUCUUAACAUGCACAUUUUAAGAAGUGGCCCAAAUCAUUCUGGGAGUGGGCACUAAACUGCCCACAUGAGCAUGGAAAUAUAUGGGGGUAGGAGCAACCUCUACGAGCACUGGUUUUCUGGGUGUGCAAACAUCAUUCCUGAAUCUGAUCUAAUGCUUAAUCCAUAAAAUAGUCACAUCUCACAAUGAAGGUGACCCCUUUCCUUCCCUGUGGGAAGUUGGAAGAACAUUCUUAUUUAGCCAUCUGUAUCUAUUUAAUGAACAUUUUCUGAAGCUCUCUGUGUGUCACACUAUUAAAUUAGUAGUUGGAAUAUUUUAUUAGCUGUGUUUGUCGUCCCUGAACUAAUAAUGCAAUAAUGGUAGGUGAUCUAUAAAGGAUUACAUACAACCGAGGUUAUGCCAAAACAGAAUAGCGAUGAAUCACGCAUUUUAACACUUAUGGUGGACUUUCCCAUUGCUUAACUGGAUCACGAGAGUAACUCUGUGCCACAGAUCACGCACACAUCCUUAUUCUAUCUUAUGAAUAUUUUCUUCAUUUCCUGUCCACCCCACAACAAUUACAAACAUCUUUGCAUUAACGGGAGACCUUUUUCGUGAAAGAAACAGUCAUCCAGUCUCUUCCUUGUUGCUUUUCCAACUCAAACAUGAGCAGGUGACCCAGUGACCAAAAGCCACAUAGACUGUAAUUCAGUUUGGAGCAACAAUGAAAGAGGAAGUUUCUUAUUUAGACUGCCCGUUCCUGGGAACAGCACUGAAAACAGUCGUGUUAGGGAGGAGCUGUUUCUUCACCAAGUGACACCUGGGACUCAGCUUUGGUUUUGUUCACUUAGAUCAGGGAAAUGUCAUUGGUGCUAGUUGCCUAACUUUCCCAAUGAUCCCAUGAGCUUCCAAAAUCAUUUUAGUGAGCAAAUUUUUAAGAGAAAAUGCUUACAUGGAAAAGUGGAUUCUGAGAUUCUAAAUAGCUGAAUAUCUUAUUCCCAUGGUGCAACUCAAAGAACUCAACUUCACAAUGUGGAGACAUUUAUCCAAGGUAAACAGGCUUCACCUCUUCCCUUUUAUGUCAGUGUGACCCUGAAGAGAGUGACUAAACCACCUUACCCAAAACACAGUGUAAUGAUUGAUAUAUUGUGUCAACUUGAGAAGUUUAGACAUUUAACUGAGAGCCUCAGCAGGGAGCCAGGAUCCUUACUUUGUAAAUAUCUUCAUCCUGUGCAAGAGGAGGGCACAGAGAUUUUAUGAGUGCUACACUCUGCUCUUGGGAGGCUUGUGUUCAAUAUGCCGGGUGGGAAAAGUAUCUUACUCUUUCCUUCCCCUCCAUUGCUUUUGCUGCUGCCAUGAAGUGUUGCCCCAAUGCCAUGUCAUUCUGCCUUCUAGCCAGCUAAUUAUGGACUGAAACCUCCACAAACUGUAAGCUAAAUACACCUUUCCUUCCUUCUUUUUGGGAUCAGGUAUUUUAUCUCAGCAAUGAAAGAAAAGUAGCCAAGACUUAUAGGGACUGAGUGUUAAUAAUACUGCUUUCAGAAGUGUUACAGUGUCACAGUGUAGAUGGUACAUUAUAGUAUAACCUUAAGAAUGUUGUCAAGAGAUGAACAUUCAACCACAAUUUGUGUUAAAUUAAUAAAAAAUUAAGGAAAUAUGAGCAUACGAUGACAUUUAACUCCUCAUUUGCAGUAGUACUGCAGUAGAGUAGAGGGAAAUGAAUAAACAAAGAGCCCCUCUACCGGGAACCAGAAUAUUAGGGAACCCCUGCUCUGUAAGAUCUUUUCAUGAAGCAGAUUUAUCUAGUGAUUAUCCCACUGGCAAGAGUCAGUACAAGUGCAGUUUUGAAAACUAUCACAGAUACACACACAACUGCAUACAUGUGCAUGUGCACACACACACACACACACACACACACACACACACACAUGCAAAUACAUAUACCCCUAGAGUUGGAAAAUUCAAGGAUCCUUUUAAACCUUCACUUCAAUAUAAGGAACCCAGCAUCUUUGCUAUUUAUGUGUGAAGAGAGAAAUCUUUACUGUCAUUCUUGAUGUGCACAGCUAUAGUUAUCUUAAAACACAGUGAGAUGUUUCCCAUCUAAACCUAAAAAUAUAUCAGUCCAAAGCAAUGGACAAUUUGUACACAGUUCAGUUAGGCUUUGUCAAGUGAAUUAUUCUUGCAUCAUCUCAGUAUUUUUAUAAGUGGAACUUUCUUAUGUUUUUUCUGUGUAUAACAGAAGCUCAGUCUCAGUGUGGCCCUAUUGGAUGUAACCGGAGGCCCCACAAAGGAGUCAUUUUAUUUAGGUCUGAAAAUAAAAAAAACUGAGUAAAAUAAGUGAGCUCUAAAUAAAGUUAUGGCUACAAAGUCAAGCUCACUUGGAUCUGUGUUUUUAUGCAGGUGAAUGUGCUUUAAACCUUCGGCUUUGCUUUGUAAUGCCCAAUAAGUCUUUCUCGAAUUGCAAGCCUCUCAAUUGCUCUGAGUAGCUGGGUAGACUUAUGAUUUAUGUCCUACCAGCUUCCCUCCUAGACUAAAGGAGGCUUCCCACGAAGAUGCAAGUAUGCAUAUAGUUUUGGAAACAGUUGGAGGUGUAAAUAUCAAUGUAAUGACAAAAUACCCACAGGAAAGUUAAAACAUCAAUAAAAAAGAAAAAAGAAAAUGCAUGAAGAAACGAGGUGAUAACCACAGUCAGGAAGAAAUUUAAAAUGUAUUCAGGACUCCCUAGCAGCCAAGAUACAAAGGGAAAGAGUUGAUGUAGAAGAGAGGUGAAUGGAGAAUUAACCAUAACCCAUCUAGCAGGCUGCCUGUCGCGUGCUGCAACCUCUUUUGCAGAGGCAGACAAUCAGCAGGACCGAGCUUGGUUUCCACCUCUCUUCUUUUUUUUUUUUUUUUUUUUUUUUUUUUUUUUUUUUUUUUUUUUUGUCUUUUUCUUUUUUUAUCGGUACCGGGGAUCGAACUCACGACUGCCUGCUUACAAAGCAGGUGCUUAUGCCGCUGAGCUAAAUCCCCAGCCCCUCCACCUCUCUUCUGAGGAUAACAUGACAGCCCGUAUGUUAUCUCUCAAUAAAAUUUUAAAAAGAAAUGGGAAUUCAACUCCCUCAAGUCAAUAACACCUGAGUGUUAUUGAGAAAAUCACCUGAUACCUCAAAGUAGCAUUUUGUUUAUUUUGAAAAUACUGGCUAACAAUAAAACUCUGAUGUAUUCUUACCAGAUUCCUCUUGGAUAAUGUACUAGACUAUACUUUAUCAUAUGUAAGCUGUUAUGUGGAUUUUAACUGAUUUUAUAGUUUUUGCCACAGCAUGGAUGGAGGCUUGCACAAAAGGAGCAUAACGGCCAAAAAUAUUAUUGGUCAUCGUUUUUCUCAAAAAUUUAAUUCAACUUUUACCCUCAGCAUACUCAAGAAAGCCCAAACUUCAUGAAAUCCCAGGGUUAAAUAUGCUCCUGUGCUCUCUGUGGCUGUCACCUGCCUUUGGGAGAUUUGUUUCCGCAGGUAAGCUCCAGAGCUCUGGUCAGCAUGGGUAAGAUGCAGUGGGUGAAAUGGAGAGGAAGAAGAAGAGCCACAGGGUGCCUGCCCCUGGCCUCCUGUGCCCAGCCCUGUCACCCCAUGUACCCCCUCUUCCUGCACUCCAAUGAGCUGUUACAAGUUAAGUUGCAAUUUUUAAAGAAGCACUGGGGCAUUUCUUAAUUGGAUUUCAGUAUCUUAAUAUUCUAGGAAGAAGGAGAAUUUGAAAUUCCAUACUGUUUUUCAGAGUACGGAGGUACUUGCAUAAGCUCAGCCUCUGCUAAAGAAGAGGCAAGGGGGGUGGGGUGUAUUCUAUAAGCAACUAUUUUGAUCCUAACAUUUAUUAUUUAUUUACUUAACAAAAGCACUGUACAUGGCACUGUAAUUGAUGGUAUCAUUUGAUGUUGUCAAGAGCCCUAUCAGAUGGUAGUUAUGAUCUUCAAUCUACAUACCUGUAAACUGACUCACACAGCCAAAAUUCAAGCCUUCGAUUAAAGAUCACUUGUUGUGUGGAGAUUUUCUUUACUCCCUACCUAACAUGGCAGCCCUAAGUGAUGCCCGAUCAGAUAAUCCCAUUUACUUGUUUCAUAGCAUUUAUUAGAACCUGUAUUUGUUAAUGGCUUAUUUAUUGUUGUUCAUUUCCUUCACAAGAAUGUAUCCUACAGAGACAAGAAUCACACCUGUCUCAUUCACCUGCAUUUUUAGUAUCUAGCACUACAACAAUUUUUUAAUAAAUAAAUAAAUGGUCUUCAAAAGAAAAUACUCUUUUCACUAUCAUGCAUUAAUUUUUAUUUUCUUUUUAGAUGCAUAAAGCAAACAUUAAGUGAAUUAUGAAUGUCUGUGUUGUACUAGGAAGAUUUUAUUUCAAAUUGAAUGCGUAAGAAUAAAAUCAUUUCCUAUGGAUCACCAAAGACACUUUUAAUAUAUUCUAAUAUGAAAGAUAGCAUUGGAAUUUAUGUGAGAGCUUCAGGAUAUUUAGCCUUGGGAACCUUGAAGUCUUUUAGCUCUAUUUGAUCCAAAGCACGACUGAAAUCUUAAGAGAAAAUGAAUUGUGCCAAUAAAUAUUUACUUUCAUCUUCUUUUCUGUGAGCCUACAGAGUCACUUCUAAACUGUCUUAAGGAUGGAAAUUACAUGAUCACUUGAAUGGCUCUUUGAAUAUGUAACCAAAGGAAAACCUUUCUAAGGCAAAAUGCUCAUUUUUCUACUAUACGUUACCAUGUAUAAAUUACCUUGAAUUACUCCAGAUGUAGGAAUUGAUUUUAAGAAACUCAGAUGCUUAAGUUAAAAAAAGUUAAAUGAACUCAUCUAAUACCUGUAUAUGCCAGUGAGAAAACACCUCUUCCUCCCUGUAUCAUUCGGUGGCAUACACCAUUUCCUCUAGAUAAUUCCCACUCUAGUUCAUGAUAAAAUUUACACGAUAUCCUCCAGAAAAAGUCUUCUCCUCUUCUCCUUCCCACACUGUAUAUGGUCUUCACCCUGGGCUGUGUCCCCAGUCCUCAUUAUCAUUUUAUUUUUUUUUAAAUCCUGAGACAGAAUUCAUUGAAUUGCUGGGAUUGCAGGAUCCUCCCACCUGGCCACUCAUUCCACAAAUCAUAUGUUAUUGCCACUAUCUGCUUAACUAGCUUAAUUAUUUAAGACACCUACAGCAACACCUGCAUUUAUUCAUGUCUGUGUUUCAUUACCAGAUAAAUAACCAAGCUUUAUUAAAUAGUUGUUACAGAUUAAUGAACGAGCAAAUAGAAUCUAGUUUCUUUAUUGGAGAAUGAGGGGUGACCAAUGAGUACAGACAGAACUUUUCUCACAAGAGGUUCCCUGGCAAGUCUCUGGGGUGGCUCUGAUUUCUAUUCCCUACUGCUGCCUGGAUCCUGAGUUUAAAACAAGUCAUCAGGGGGUAACAGGAAGAUGUGGACUGGCAAAUGCAAGUGAGUAGAGCAUUGUGGAGGAUUUUUCUUUGGCAGACAAACAUGUGUUGAUUGAUUCUAGGCAGUAUGGUAAAUCUUCAGGAGCUGUUAACCAAGGGAAAUUUGGAAAAACUGUAGAGGAGUUUGUAAAGCUGCUGCCAAUGUUAUCACAGUGGAGCAUUUUGAGAAAUGUACUUUUUUAAUACGUUACACUCAUUUUGCAGAUGUAUAUACCCCCUUCCCCUGCAUACCUUACCUUAAAAUCUGCCUCUGUUUCCUACCAUCUCUAUGGAGGAAGCUCAUUUCAGUGUGACCUUCGUGACUUCAACUUUUACAAAGUACUCUGUGAGUAAUUACAGAAAAAAUAAUGAAGGCUGACUAAGAAAUGAGAAUGUUUAGAAAAUCACAGAAACAGUAGAUUAUUUACAACAAUUUUUAAAUUUUCAAUGAAAAAGAUAAAUUCCAUAACAUUAACAGGGGACAUGGAUAAGAAUCAUUCCUAAGGUUGAAGUAGUGUUAUUUUUUCCUCUAUCAACAUCCCCCCCAAAGCCUCAAGAGGUCAGAGGGGUGACUUUUUGGGGGUGACUGGGUCAUUGGUGUGUGAUACUGGAUCAUGGGUGUGAUACUGGUUUAAUUCACUGACUGAUCUAGCAAAUUUGUGGGCAAAGGCAUUACUGAAGAGAGAAGCUCCAUCCUUGGUGUGGGUGGCACCAACUAACAGGCCUGUAACCUGUCUGGGUCCUUGCUUUCUGCCUACCCUGCCAUGGACUGUUUCUCCUCCACCAUACCACCCUGCCUUGGAGGCAGCCAACUGUGGACUGAAACCUCCACAAACUGUGUGCUAAAAUAAAUCUCUCCUUUAAUUUAUGGGCACUGAAUAUCUUAUCUCAGUAACAAGAAAGUAACUAAGACAAGUAGAAACAUCAAAUAACCAAGAAAAUGAAACAAAGAAUGAUUUCCCAAGAGCCUCACUUGGCUAAUAAUUUAACUAGUUUUUUUCUAGGAAUUGAAAACGAAAAUUAGCAAUACAUGUAUGCAUACAUACAUAUUUUAGUGUUUAUAUAAAUUGAUAUAACAUCCUACAACACAGUAUAAUUCUUGGCAUUGGAUAUAUGAUAUUUGGUCUAUGGUUGUUAAGUUCUGAAACUAUACUUUCUCUAGGUAAUUUUAAAAGUAAAUUUAACUAUAUCACACUCCAGGCUUUACUAAUUGUACAGUAAUUAUUUGUUAAGUGAUACAUGACUAAAUGAAUGUUGAUAUGAGAUAUUACCUUUACCAACCAAAUCUUCUAGUUUCUCCUUCCAUUCUUUUGCCCAUAUGUGGCUAACUACCCAUAUACAAGGCUUUUAAUCAGCCUUACGUGGAUUAUGCCUAUGCAACCUUACGCAUGCUACAGUUACUUAGAUGCCUAUCCUAAUUCUUUCUCUAUGGGGGUAACUUCUACCAUCUAUCCACACCCAAUUCAUGCAUGCACCACUGUAUCACUUUCUCUGGGGAACUUUGCUUUAUGCCACACAUGGAACGAUGCCUCAACUUCCUAUCACUCACUGCACCCAGGAUGUAGAUAUAUCUUACUUUGUUUCAUUGAUGCUUUUUCAAAGGUCAUCCACUAUAGUGUUCCCAAUUUUCCUAUUGAAAAUAAUUCUGCAAUGAACUUGAUUACAAACACACAAUUGCAUAUUUAUAUCAAGUUUUCCAGAAUGACUUAAAUACCAUUAAAAGCAUGAGUGCUUAAAAUAAAUCACAUGUGAUAAUAUGUGGGACUAUUUAUGUGCAUGUUUGCUUCUUUGUUAUUUCAAAGACUAUAAUCUAAAAUCAAACAUGCUAUUCUGUUUUAAAGAAAAUUUUGCAUUUGAAAUAGAAAAUUUUGCAUGAAAUUCUUCAUGUCUAUGGUUAAUUUCUCAUUGAAUUCUUAAUUGUGUGUAUUUUCACUUUUUAAUACUUGUUUCUAUUUUUAUUAGUGCUUUGAUUUUCACAUUGUGUUUCUGUAUGUAGACCUUUUCACACUAUUUUAAAAUUCUUGUUGGAUGAUUAUUUUUAUUAUUACUUGUCAUGACAUUAAAUUUUUAAGUUAUACAUUGUGCUCCGAAUCAAUUUCAGAUCUGCAGAAUAGUUAUUGGAGUGUUUUAUAACUAUUAUUAUCUAUAUACUGAUCUGUAAUACUUUUGCAUUUUUGAUAUUAAUGUUUAUUAUGAUCAUUUCAGUAUUCAAUAUUCUACAGUUCAUACAUUUUUGCUAAUUUAACUUUCUUUUGGAAUAUCUAUUAUGUCUAUAUUGGAAUAAACUUUUCUUUAUCUGCA